AUGGGGUCCAUCAGAGUGGCCAUAUCUUACGCCUUCGACUGGGCAAUUCUCCUUGUCUUUGCAGUCGCGGGAUACAUUCUAGGGAAUCUUACACCGCAAAAGCGCCCUUUCAACUUAGGAAACCCCGACAUCAGCUUUCCUCUCUAUGACGACACCGUCUCCAUCACGAACGCAUUUCUCAUCUGCAUCGUCGCACCUAUACUUAUCAUUCUUGUCGUCUCUCUGCUCUUCGUACCGGGCUCGACAGUUCCCCCAGGCACGCCGAAGUCCAUCAUCUGGAGACGAAAGCUCUGGGAGAUCCACGCGGGAUGGCUGGGUCUCAUCUUCUCCGUAAUCGCGACAUGGUUCAUCGUGAGCACGACCAAGAACCUCCUCGGAAAGCCACGACCGAAUGCCAUCGCGCGCUGCCAGCCGGACCUCGAUAAUAUCGCCCAGUACAUCGUUGGUGGCGUGGCGGCAACCACUUCAUCGACACCGGGACAGCUAGUAUCGGCCGAUAUCUGCAAGAAUCCUGACGCUAGUGUUGUCAACGACGGCUUUCGUAGCUUCCCAUCUGGACAUUCCUCGAUUGCGGCGUCGGGUCUUGUCUACCUUACGUUUUUCCUGGCAAGCAAGUUUGGAGUUACAGCUCCUUGGGCACCUCGAACCGAAGGCUUGACAGAACAGAGCCACUCAGCAUUCCCUUCUCGCAUUGUGGGAGACAUUGAGAUGCAAGGAAGCGACGCGAAUUCGGCACCCCGAGAACCCACAAACAACCGACCGAUAUCUUCCGUCCGAAGACAGGCUGCUGCUCCACCUAUCUACCUGGUCCUUCUGACUAUGGUCCCCUUCUGCGUAUGCAUCUUCAUCUGUGCUUCCAGAUGGUUCGACUUCAUGCACCACGGCGUUGACAUCUUCGUGGCGUUCGCCAUCGGCUCGGUAACAUCAUACUUCGGUUUCCGCUUCUACCAUCUGCCCAUCGCACAGGGGGCCGGAUGGGCUUGGGGACCACGCAGCGAGGAUGCGGCUUUCUGGGCUGGAGUUGGAAGACAGGGAUACGGGCAUGGAAUGGACAAAGGCCGUCACUACUACAUGGGCUAA